GGGAGGCAUAACGGCAAGAUGGAUGGGGCAUGUUUGCGGAGAAGAAGAGGCGGUCCCUACAAGACAGAGCCGGCCACGGACUUGACCCGCUGGCGCUUGAGCAACGAAGAAGGGCGGCAGCGGUGGCGAUUCCAGGCGGACGGCGAGGGUGAGGGUGGUCGGGGGCAAACGGCGCUGGAAGCUCACUCGCUAGGGCUCAGCACGAGCAAAUUUUUCCCGGACUUGCCAAAGGCCUGCACAGCACAGGAAGCAGCAGUGAAUGGGAUGAAGUUUUACUCAGGUCUGCAAGCAGAAGAUGGCCACUGGGCUGGGGACUACGGAGGGCCUCUCUUUCUGAUGCCAGGGCUCUUAAUCACAUGCUACAUUGCCAAGAUCCCACUGCCAGAAGAGAGCAAGAAGGAAAUGGUGAGGUACUUGCGUUCAGUUCAGCUCCCAGAUGGAGGAUGGGGCCUGCAUGUUGAGGACGUAUCCAAGGUAUUUUGUACUGCUCUCAACUACACAGCCAUGCGAAUCCUUGGGGUCAGUCCUGAUGACCCAGAUCUCUUGCGGGCUCGGAACAACCUCCACAGUAAAGGUGGUGCUACAGGAAUCGCUUCCUGGGGUAAAUUUUGGUUGGCUGUUUUGAACGUCUACAGCUGGGAAGGACUGAAUACACUUUUCCCUGAAAUGUGGCUGUUUCCUCGCUGGGUGCCAGCCCAUCCUUCCACUCUUUGGUGUCACUGCCGUCAAGUUUACCUGCCCAUGGCCUACUGCUACGCUACGCGACUCACUGCAGAAGAAGAUGAGCUGGUUCUGAGCCUCCGGGAGGAGCUCUACACCCAGGACUAUUCCCUCAUUGACUGGCCGGCGCAGAGGAACAAUGUCGCUGCGGGUGAUGUGUACAUGCCACACAGCCAGCUGCUCUCCAUCGUCUAUGCAAUUCUCAACACCUACGAGAGAUUCCACAGCACAGCUCUGAGACGACGAGCAAUUGAGCAGCUGUACGACCACAUUAAAGCUGAUGACCGAUUCACCAAAUCCAUCAGCAUUGGCCCUAUAUCUAAAACAAUUAACAUGCUUGUUCGCUGGUAUGUGGAGGGAGACAAGUCUCCUGCAUUCCAAGAACACGUUUCCAGAAUCCCCGACUACCUCUGGCUGGGACUGGAUGGCUUGAAGAUGCAGGGCACUAAUGGGUCACAGCUUUGGGACACAGCAUUUGCUAUCCAAGCUUUCCUGGAGGCAGGUGCCCAGAAAAGGCCUGAAUUUAACUCCUGCCUUCUACGUGCGCAUGAGUUUUUAAGAAUCAGCCAGAUUCCAGAUAAUCCACCUGAUUAUGAGAAGUACUACCGUCAGAUGAGCAAGGGUGGAUUUCCUUUCAGCACGCGGGACUGUGGCUGGAUUGUAGCUGACUGCACUGCGGAGGGGCUGAAGUCAGUGAUCCUUCUGCAGGACAAUUGCUCUUUUAUAAAGGAACUAAUCCCACCGAGCCGUCUCUUUGAUGCUGUGAAUGUGUUGCUGAACAUGCAAAAUGUGGACGGUGGCUUUUCCACAUAUGAAACAAAGCGUGGCGGCUGGCUGCUGGAGCUCCUGAACCCUUCCGAGGUGUUUGGGGAUAUCAUGGUGGACUACACUUACGUAGAAUGCACCUCGGCCGUCAUGCAGGGGCUGAAGCAUUUCCAGGAGCGCUUUCCUGAACACCGGGCGCAGGAGAUCAGAGAGACGCUGCAAAGGGGCCUCCGUUUCUGUCAGAAACUUCAGAGAGCUGAUGGUUCCUGGGAAGGGUGCUGGGGGGUGUGCAUCACCUACGGCACGUGGUUUGCUCUGGAAGCCUUUGCUUGUAUGCAACACACCUACCAGGAUGGAGUGGCCUGUGGGGAGGUGAGCCGCGCUUGUGAGUUCUUGGUCUCCAAGCAGAUGGAGGACGGUGGAUGGGGAGAAGACUUUGAAUCUUGUGAGCAGCGCAGAUACAUCCAGAGCACCACAUCCCAAAUACACAACACCUGCUGGGCUCUUCUGGGGCUCAUGGCUGUUAGGUAUCCAAACGUCAGAGUCCUGGAAAGAGGGAUCAAAGUUUUGAUUGACAAACAGCUGCCUAAUGGAGACUGGCCUCAGGAGAACAUUUCCGGAGUAUUCAACAAGACCUGUGCGAUCAGCUAUACCUCCUACCGAAAUGUCUUCCCCAUCUGGACCCUGGGGCGCUUUUCUCGCCUGCAUCCUGCCCACCCGCUGGCUGGCAAGCUCUUGACGGAGGCAUUAAGAAAUGGAGAGACAGGCCUGGCUGGCAGGAUGGCAAACGGACACGGGGGAGCACCACUCCCCUCUUCCUGAGUUUGGCGUGGACUGCCAAUCUCUCUGGUUAUUUUUCUAAACUCUCUGGAACCUGGUGAGGAGGGAGAAUUGAAGGGGAAACACAGAAGGCUUCUCUGGGUGGUUUGCCGCCCUCUUGCUCCUCGUACUUCUACAUGCCAGGCAGGAAGGAGUUGGCCCAGGAGAAGUGAUGAGUGGCAGACUCUCGGUGUGUGCUGUGGUUGACUCCCAUUUGCUGCUCAGAACGGACACGUUAGACGCAAAAACCCAUGAUUCUGUACCCUGCACUGGGCAUUAACAUUUAUUUAACAUUCUGUACACGCAUACCAAACAUUAUGGUGGUUGCGUGUAUCCCUGCUGUUUCACUGUUAUACUUGCGGUAUUUGCAGUGGAAGUGUAACUUUUAGAAUA